AUGAAAAACCUGCUCAACUCAAUACAAAGACAGCAUCUCAUACUAGUUUGUAAAGCUUUACAAGAUGACAUCAACAGCAGCUCUGAAAAUUUUUGCAGGGAUCCCUCGCUCGAUCUGCAGGCCCAAAGGGAAGCAGCAAUUGUAAAAGUCACCCUCAUUGUAGUCUAUACAAAAUUAUGGGGUAAGCACUAUUUUGCUGUCGAUUAUGAAGAAAUGCUGACCUCAAAUAUUGGACACCCAGCAGCCUUCAAUCUAGCGAAUACGGUUACCAUUAUGUAUAAAGCUCCUGCUCACAUCGACUUUUCAAUCUACACCGAUGGGUCUAAGACAAAUGAGGGUACUGGCAGUGCAUACUGUUUUCUAAAAGGUCCUAGUACAGUGCACACAUGGAAUCGUAGACUAGAUGCCAGGUACACCGUCUACCAGGCAGAACUAUCAGCAAUCAAGGCAGCCAUAACGUAUGCAAGAAGGAAUGGCAUUUGCAAGUCAACAAUAUUAAUUGGCUCAUUUUCCAGUCUACAGCCCAUUCUGAGCAUUGAAAACAAGAAAAAGUUAUUCCAGGACACUCAGAGAAAACUCCUAACACAAUCAGAAGCUGAAAGACCAAAACUAAUUUGGGUUCCAGCUCAUGUAGGCAUCCAUGGAAAUGAAGUAGCGGAUCAAUUAGCAAAAGAGACAGCCAAUGAUACAAAUAGGAUCGAAACUCCAGAAAGACUUCCCAAAUCUUACAUGAAAAAGUAG